AUGACUCUUUGGGAUAUACAGCUGCCUGUACUCCCUCGAAACAAGCCGGUUGUUAUCCGUCGCCAUGUUGAUUCACGGUUGCUAGGUGUCUGCCUGCGUGUGUCACACCACCACACCCCAUCGACCGACCGGUGCCGCCGCCGCCGCUUGGCCGGACGAGCCGGAUCAGAGAGUCCGAAUGCCCCCUCCCCUUCCCCCGUCCAGUCCGUGCUCACUGCUCCUCGCUCUCGGCGGACGAAGAGAGUUCGGCGCGCGCUUGAAAUUCCCCCAUGGCCCCGCCAACAUUCCAGCGCGCACCCACGUGGGACGAUCCAAACAUGGAAGAAGUUAGGAAAGGUACAGCUGAGGAAAAUCCGGGAAAAUGGAAAGCUCAGCUCCCCCGCUCCCUCGAGUCCCCGGUGGCCUAGAUUUUACAUUUGCAGCGUUGAGUUUCGCGUCUCACGACGGCUUGGCUGUCUGCAGCACCCACGGUCUGCAAAGACGGACUAUACCGAUGUCGUUGCUGACGGAUGUGGCCUCUCCCACAUCCCGGAGCCACGGAGUCUUUCAAAGGCCAAAUGCUGCAUAGGACCUAAGCUUGCUGCAGACAGCCGAGUCGUCGUAACAGCGCGGAGCCGCGAACCAAACGCAGGACUUCAGCACAUCAACCAAGCAACCUUUGACACGGAAGGUGGUGAUCCAGCCACUGACGAGGGGCUCAAGAUGAUCUGGAAUGCAGAUGUUUUGGGCGAUCAGGGGCAGACGGGCAAAACGAAGGGUGUUGGCGGCUGGGCAGCGGGAGUGGCAGCGUGUUUUCCUCUUUCUUCCUCUUUCUCUCAGCCUUCUCUCAACUCGACCGUCGUCCCGUGGAGCCUCAAGAAAAAGUUUGCAUGA